AGAGGGUGGAGAGAAGAGGGAGAACAGAGGAGUGGAGUUUGGAUGCUUCAGUCGAGCUAGAUCACCGCUGACGAAUUCAACAAAACUUGUCCGAUUAAGUUUGUGAACAAGUGCUGGAGUAUCAGACACAAAAAUGGAGCUUUUGACGAUGCGCUUCGACUACGUGCUGCUUUACCUCUUUAUGGGUUUGGUGUCUGGUCUGGAGAUCACGUCCACAGGGCCGCCCUCCAUACAGAAGGCCAGUGGAGAGAGUGCAAAGCUGGACUGUCAGUUCACUCUGGCCCCUGAGGACACGGGGCCUCUGGACAUUGAGUGGAGUUUAAGAGCCCCUGACAACCAAAGAGAGGACACAGUGGUGCUGUUAUACUCGGGUGACAGGGCUUACGAGGACUACUACCUACCCAUGAAGGGCAGGGUGCACUUCAACUCACCCGACCCCAAAAAUGGUGACGCCUCCAUCAGCCUCACAGGCCUGAAGUCUUCAGAUUCCGGAACGUACCAGUGCAAAGUGAAGAAGGCUCCAGGCAUCCGCAGCAAGAAGACACUGCUCACUGUGAUGGUGAAGCCAUCUCGGCCCAGGUGCUACUCUGAAGGCCCCACUCAGGAGGGCAAAGACAUCGUGAUGAGGUGCGUCUCCAAAGAGGGCACCAACCCACUGCAGUACGUCUGGGAGAAGACCAGCGGGAACAAGCUGCUGCCUGCAACCGCCACUCUCGAUAAAGAUGCAGGAACCAUCAUUGUCAAAAACGCAUCUGCUAGCGCAUCUGGCUCUUACCGCUGCACUGCCAGCAACCUUGUGGGGAGUGACGAAUGUGUGAUGCAACUUAAUGUGACGCCUCCUCCUAACACGGCUGGGAUCGUGGCGAGCUCCAUCAUCGCAGUGCUGCUCUUCCUCCUCAUUAUUGCAAUCAUCCUGUUUUGCUGUUGCCGUGCGCGUCACAGAAAGAAGUACGAGAAGGAAAUCUGCAACGAGAUCAGAGAGGAUGUACCACCCCCUAAAAGCCGGGUCUCUACCGCUCGUAGCUUCACCGUGGGCAGCCAGCGUUCAUCUCUGGGCUCCAUGUCGCCCUCAAACCUCCACGAGUACGUCAAACCUCAGUACGACAAGAUCCCGUCUACGGAGGAGUAUGAUAGACCCCCCAGCCACAACCCCCUGCCCCCUCCCACCGUCUCCAGGAUGGCGGGGCCCAACAUCAGCCGUAUGGGGGGUAUACCUGUCAUGAUCCCGGCCCAAAAUAGGGACGGGUCUAUUGUCUAGCAUAGCAUUUUUCACCAAGACUAUGCAGAGGACAGGUGGAUGUAUUGAAGUCUGACAUGGCCAAUGAAGAUAAUGAAUUUGAAGUUACAAAUGGGAAGUCUCUCCUCAGAUGAAGACCUGGGUCUAAACGUGCUCUACUGGAUCACAACAGGGCACAUGAACCUUUUUUAUGAAUUUACUUUGUGGACUUAAUGGAUUAAAUUGAAGUAGAUAUACUCCAGAUAUACAAAUACAAUUGUACAUAAAUGAAUGCAUGUUGUUUUUAAUAGACCUCCUUGCUGUAAAGUUGCAGUGUGUUCAUCAGAUAGGCCCUUUAAUUGGCCGACUGUACAGCUGUAUGCAUGUGUUUGUACAUAUAGAUCUGUGUGUGUGUGUGUGUGUGAAUGAACAAUGAAAGCUAUUCUUGUGAAUGCCUGAACACCGAUUAGUUACCAUUAUAUGUUAAAGGUGCACUGCGCAACUUUUCUGGUGGAGGGUCCACUACUACCUGCUUGUCUUCAUGGAGAGAUUAUUGCUUUGCCUGGAAUGUUCCAUGGCAUGACUUUAAACAUAUCCGUCUAGCAUUUCUUCUUUACGAGCGUUAGUAUUGCUCAAAAAUACAAUUCCUUCUGUAAAUUGGGGCCAGAGGUGGGAACUUGCAAGUCGUGACUUGGACUCGAGUCAGACUUGAGUCACUAUUUUUAGGACUUGAGACUUGAGUUGAUAAAAUGGACUAAGACUUCGAACUUGACAUGGACUUGAAGGUCAGUGACUUCAGACUUAGACUUGAGGCCUGUGACUUCAAAAGACUUGAGAAACACUUUUAAAUCAGAAUUAUUUCUGUUCUGACUGUAAUAAUUCACUCUAAGAUCUUGUCAAGACAUUUAAAAAGGAAAAAUUAGUAUUUCUGCUAUCCUUAUAUAAAUACUUAAGUAAGUAAAGUAAAAUUUAUCUUAAAAUUCAAAUAAAUUGCAAAAACUGAAGCUAACUCGGACUUGACUUCAACUUAUGGGCCAGUGACUUUAAACUCGACUUGGACUUGCCUGUAUUUGAUUUGGGACUUGACUUGGACUUGAGAUCAAAGCCUUGAGACUUGUAAAACGACGACUUGGUCCCACCUCUGAUGGGGGCGACUUUCCACAGAUCUGAAUUGUAACGUGGCAUGGUGCUGUCCCCCUUUGUAAUAAAUAGGUUUAAUCUAUACCGUGGAACAUUCUGGACAAAACAAUAACAUUUCCAUGGAGACAAGCAGAUGGUGAAACCCUAGAAAUGUUACACAGUGCACUUUUAAGUUGACAUUUGUUAUUAAUUCCUUGGACUUGUUUGGUCAGACGUUGAUUUAACUGUUCAAAUAAUUCUCCUGAGGCUCUAAGCGAUUUGAUUGGCUGUUAGUUAAGGGGCGGUUCACGCUACAAGUCUUGUAAUUGGGGGAUUACUUCUUGUCACUUGAGUGGGCACAUUACACCAUUAUACCAGCUCCUACCCGUUCCAGCCUCCCAGAUUUUGAAAGGUUGAGCCGAAAAUAAUGAGGCCAGAUGGAGGACACUAGAGUUCAUUGAGCAAUCUCCUGUGAUUGAGUUUGACUGUCCACUGACCACAAUCCAUAACUGACCAUAAGGAGGGGACGUUUAAAGGUGCAUUGUGUAACUUUUCUGGUGCAGGGUCCAUCAAAUGCUUUUGUUGAGGAGAUGUUAUUGCUUUGGUUAAAAUGUUUUUCAUAGUAUUCAACCUUUGUAUCUUCAAGGAGACCAAACCAGACCAAAUUACAGGUUAGAUCUGUGCAGAGGCAACCCCUUCACAGUCAGAAUGCCUCUUUUUCUUGGUAUUAAACUCCCUGUAAUUGAAUAAAUGUAAGGUAAAUCGGUUUAUUGUAAUACUGUGGAACAUCCCAGGCAGAGCGAUGACAUAUCGAUAGAAACAAGCAGGUGACGUACCCCCGACCAAAAAGUUACAUAAUGCACCUUUAAGUUAACUCAAAAUUUUUAGUGAGAUCAUUCAGUUUUGAAAUCAAAUAUGCAACUUGUGACCAAAUAUUACAUUUAAUAGAAAAAGGCUAACAAACUAAAUAUGUCUUUUUUAUCAUUUUAAUGUGCCAUAUACACUACCAGUCAAAAGUUUGGACACAACUGUGUCCAAUGUUUUUCUAUUUUCUGCAUUGUAAGGUGUAUAGAAGGUGUAUAGAAUUAUAAAGUAAAGGGAAAAAAAGUAAAAUAGCUCUAAAUAUGUUAUAUUUUAGAUUCAGUUUCCUCACAGUGGCCUCCCUUUGCUUUGUCAACAGUUCUGCAAAGCCUUGACCUUCUCUCAAUGAGUUUCAUGAUGAAUUCUCCUGAAAUGGUUUUUGCCGAACAGGUCUGGCUUAUCAGGGUUUGUUAGUGGAAUACCAUGAGUGCAAAACAGUGAUCAAAGCAAAGGGUGACUAUUUUGAAGAGUUAUUUCACACUUUUUUAUUUACUACAUUAGUUCAUUCAUAGUUUUGAGAAUCUGCAAUGUAAAUAGUCAUGAAAAUAAAGACAAAAAGUUGAAAUGAAAGGGUCUGUCCAAACAUUUGACUGGUAUUCACACCAUCUGGAGUUGGGCAAUGGGCAUUUCUAAUCGAUAUAUUGUACUCAAUCUGAACUGAAGCACUGAGUAACCCAUGAGUUUUCGCCUUAUUCUGAUCCUUUUUUAGCCUUACUCUUGUUUAUCCUUAUUCCUGGACUCCUCACAGCCAGACCUUCAUAGCUGGACUUUUCUUGUGCCUUUUUUCCUGGUUCAGUUUUGUCACAAAUUAUUCAACUGUACUUGGUUUUGUUCAGGUUUACUUUCCCCACCCCGCCCACUCAUUCUUAUCCACCAUUGUUUUAAAGCUUUUUAUUAUAAUUUUUUUUACUUAUAUACUUUUUAUUACAGAAAUGUUUUGUCCACAAUUGUAAUUUGAAGAUGUGUAUACACUGAACUAAUUUCAACGCAGCUAAAUGAAAUGAGAAUUAUUUUGUGUAUUCAUGCUUGUUGCCGUGCUGUGCUUGGCAACGGGAAAAGAAAGGUUGGCAUCCGAUAGUCAGUACCGUGUAACUGAUGUUAAUGAAGCUACUGUAGAGCAGAUGGUUUGCUGUCAUAACUUCACGUUUUUUUCUUUUUCCUGGUUAUAAAAUUUUAGCAAACACUUAAGGGGUCCCUCUCAGCUCUGAACAUCAAAAUAUUACUAACAAUAUUAACUGUAGCUAUUGAAUCUGUGUGCUUUUAUUGUAAGGGAGAUAUCCUUCAGGUUUGCGAUUUUUUUUUCUUUUUCCUUUUGUGUAUUUUUGUGCUGUAUUUUUAAAUAAAAAUGAGAAAUUGAAAAUAAAUAUUUUGGCAUUGAUAAAUAAUUUAUGACAAACUUUUUGCACAAAGUACCACCAUGAUCUAAACCAGGUCUAUAAAAGGACUAUUCCAGGUCUAAUCUAGGGUUAAACCAGGUCUAAAAGUGAAUCUACAACACCAUUUCCACUGUAUUAUACACGAGACAUGAACUAAAGCAGGACUGAAAAGUGGAUAAAAUUUACUUUAAACAAACUCACAAACUGAAGAGCCGUCCA